AUGGCUAGGUCUGAUCGUACGUUGUCCGUUGAGCAGAUUGCGGUGGCCCGGUUGGCAAUUCAGCAUAUGCAGGCUCGGCGCAGCGCACGUUACGGUCGAUGGGACGAAGCCUUCCGCAGGCUUAGCGCUAGUGACAAGGCGACGCUUGGCCUGAACAAAGCACUGCGCAUCAAAGUCCAAGACUUCACUCAGUGCCUCGAAAAGAAGAAGAAUGAAUGUGAUGAGAAGAAAUGGAAAUUGAAGCUGUUCAAACGGAAUGAUGGGAGCGAGGUUAAAGUCCGAGACAUCCUCGAGAAGAUCGUGUUCUGGUUCAGGAGAUUCGAGAAGGUUGGAGACAUGGUGGCCAGCUUCGAUCCGAUGCACGCAGCUUUGCCUUGGGCUGGCGUCAAGUUUCUCAUCGAGGUAAUGUUCCUUCCAUGGAGGCGUGCCGUGACCGGUGGGUUGCUGAUGUUUGUUAUUCAGAUUGCUGCCAGCGACUUCGAGACGUAUGCUAAGAUGGCUGACGGACUCGAAAUAGUGUCACGCGUCAUAGUGCAAGUCGCAGAGGUGGAAAGGGACAUGCCCCGUUCUAAGCUUACAGAGCUCAACACGGAGCUUUCUCGGACAAUUGUCGACACAUAUGUCCAAGUAUUGAAGUUUCUGGCAAUGGCCCGAAGGUUCUUCGACAAGAACGCCGGUGGUAAGACGCAUCACUGGAUUCUCCAUGACUUCGGCAAGCACUAA